GUGAUUUCUAUUCACUCAUUUCCAAGCUGCUAGGAGAAAGGGAAGAUGUUGUUCAUGUGCAUAAGUAUAAUCCUACCGAAAAGGCAGAAUCAGAUCUUGUAGCUGAGAUUGCUAAUGUAGUCCAAAAGAAGGAUCUUGGCUGGUUUGAUGCCAGAGAGGUUACAAAUCACGAUGAAAGGGCCAAUACUAGUCUCGCCAGAAACAGAAUUCACAAAUUUCACAGACUAGAAUCCACCGUGAGGCCGCCAGAGAACAGACAUUUCUCUUUACAACAUGGUGAUGGAAGCUGGGGAAACGAACCUAUUGGAGAUUUCCACAUAGAAGAGGCCGUGGACUGGCCUGGAGUAAACCUCAAACUAGGCCAGGUUUCUGGGUUGGCCCUGGACCCUAAAAAUAACCUGGUUAUUUUCCACAGAGGUGAUCAUGUGUGGGACAGAAACUCAUUUGACAGUAGCUUUGUUUACCAACAAAGAGGACUUGGACCAAUUGAACAGAACACAAUUCUUGUAAUAGACCCAAGUAAUGCAGAAGUUCUUGAUUCCACAGGCAAAAAUCUAUUUUAUUUACCACAUGGUUUGAGUAUAGAUAAAGAUGGUAACUACUGGGUCACUGAUGUAGCUCUCCAUCAGGUGUUCAAAUUGGGAGUACAUGAUAAAGAACCUUUAUUGAUCCUGGGAAGGUCUUUGCAACCAGGCAGUGACAAAAAUCACUUCUGUCAACCAACCGAUGUGGCCGUGGAUCCAGUCACAGGCAACAUUUAUGUGUCUGAUGGCUAUUGUAACAGCCGAAUUGCUGUGUUCUCUCCAAACGGAAUGUUCAUCAUGCAGUGGGGGGAAGAGACUUCAGUAGGCAAAGCCAAACCUGGCCAGUUCCGAAUCCCUCACAGCUUAACACUGGUACCCGAGUUUGGUCAGCUGUGUGUAGCAGACAGGGAAAAUGGACGAAUUCAGUGUUUUAGGUCAGAAACUGGACAAUUCACACGAGAAAUCAAACACAAAUUGUUUGGAACAGAAUUAUUUGCAGUUUCAUAUGUUCCAGGUGGUCUGCUCUUUGCAGUUAAUGGAAUGCCGUAUCCUGGAGACAUAGAACCAGUGCAAGGAUUUAUGUUGAAUUUUUCCACUGGAGAAAUAAUGGACACUUUCAUUCCCGUUAGAAAGAGCUUUGAGAUGCCACAUGACAUUGUUGCUUCAGAAGACAAAACGGUGUACAUUGGAGAUGCUCAUGCCAAAACAGUAUGGAAGUUCACUUCCACAGAAAAAAUGGAGCAUCGAUCAGUUAAAAAGGCUGGUAUCGAAGUGCAGGAAAUAAAAGAAGCAGAGACAGUUAUAGAAGCCAAACUGAAAAACAAACCUAUUUCAACGGAGUCUUCAAAGAAGUGGGAAAAACAUCAUAUGGUCGAACAGGCCAGUCCUGGAAUUUCCUUUGUUCUUAUUACAACUCUUCUAAUUAUUCCUAUUGUUGUCCUGUUGGCAAUUGCUGUAUUUAUUCGAUGGAGGAAGACAAGGGUCUAUGGAGCUGAUGCUGACCACAAACUUGAUUCAAGUUCAGGAAGAAUCUUGGGCAGACUUCAAGGAAAAGGUAGUGGAGGUCUUAACCUUGGGAACUUCUUUGCAAGCCACAAAAGCUACAGUUGGAAAGGGUUCGACCGACUUAGUACUGAAGGGAGCGAUCAAGAAAAAGAUGAAGACGAUGGUACAGACUCAGAAGAAGAAUAUUCAGCUCCCCCACCCCCACCAGUAUCAUCCUCAUCCUGAAACCAACCUUUGAUUUCUUCUACAUUGAACGAUUCUACCAAGAACAUCAGAUUCCUUUUCCCUUUAGCACGUUUAAGAUUUUGUGUAUUUAAUUGUAAACUGUACUAGUCUGCGUGGGGCUGUACACUAGGAUUUUUUGGUUUUAGUUUGGUUUUAGUUUGGUUUGGCUUUUUUUUUUAAAGUGGAGGAGUGUGUGGACGUUUCAUAUCAGUGCUGUUGUCUUUAUGUAAACAUCUUAAUAAAAGAAAACAAUCCUCUGUUAAUGGCAGUACUGAUUUAAAGUAGUAGUAUUUUCUCAUUUCUGUUUUGGGACCUUUUCUGUAUUUGUAAAUAAGUCCCAUUAUCUGGUUUAGCACAAUAUUUUCAGUUGUCAGUUUUUCUUUUGUGCCUUUUCUGUUCAAUGUCCUUAAACUAUUGCAGUACAGAGAAAAAUACAGUGCCACAAGAAAACAAAGCUGAUAAAUCUUCUUCUAUUUUUUUAAAAUCACUAACAUAAUAUUGCAUUGAGAAAGGAAAAAAAAGUAUCUAUUUAAUUCUUUUUUCUUCCUCCUUAGUUGGUGUGUUUCUGAGAUGUCUUAUUUUUAGAUAGUAUUACUGUUAAAAUACUAUUUUCAGAGGCUGAAUGUAAUUUGUGUAAUAAAGUGUUCGCAGAGCAUUUGCUGUCAGAGUGUACUUUGGAAUUUUUGCAUAUUUGAAGGUUUUUUGUAAAAAACUUUUGUAACAAAACACAGUCCACUUCAUACAGUGGAAACAUGCUAUUUUGUAUGAGUUGGAAGAUAUUUUGUUAUGUAGUGGAUUUAAAGGGAAAAAAA